GCUGGAUCCGGCGUUGUUAAAAACACAGGAUUACGAAAAACUCAAAAAACAUGUUUUAUGUGUUGAAAGUUACUUCAAAAAUUUUUGAGGGAUCAAGUUUUUAAGAAGUAGAUUUUCUAGAGAAAAAAGUUACAUUUUCUUUUGUUCAAUAUAUGCCCAGACCUAAGCUGUAUAUUGCGUUGAGUCGACACCACCAAUGCUUCUCAAAAAACACUUGCGAUUUGCGAAUAGAGUUAACUGGGCUUAGAAUGAAACAAUUCGUGGCAGCCCAUAUAAGGUAAAAUUCAAAUAAAUAUAAAAUUACUUUUUUUUUUGUUUUCCACAUUCGAUUUGAGGAAGGGAAGCGAGGAGAAAGAGGAACCAAGAAGAAGGAGAGAAUCUACGGAAGAAGGCGAAGCGACAGUGAUUGUUUCCCUCGGAUUACGGCAAAUAAGAGGACUGUUGUUGAUUGAUCAGGAAGGAGACUUUGAUCAUGGAUAAUCCAGAGAGGUUUGACCAAACGAAUCAAGGCUCUAGCUCAUCUAUUCCAAGUAAGAGGAAAAGGGGUCGUCCUCGCAGUGAUGAGGUCCAACAACUGAACCCACCUGUUACUGAGAAUCUGAUAGGUCGGAUGGUUUCUGGUGUGGUUGAAGGUUCUUUCGAGGCUGGCUAUUUUCUCAACGUGAAGGUCGCUGACACGGAUAAGCAAUUUAAAGGCAUUGUUUUCUUACCUGGCAAAGUCACUCCAGUUACUCCAACAACUGAUUUGUUUCCCCAAGCUAAGAUGUAUGCACGAGAAGUUCCCUCUCUAAACCAACAAACUCCAACCACUCAGUCCACGAAAGAAGCCGGGAAUCAAACUGAUAUUCUUCCUAUGGAUACAGAGAUGAAAGAUGUUGGCGGCUCUUCUGCAGAGGAUAAACUCACUGAACCUGAAGGCCAAACCCUCUCUCUGAUGCCGCAGUUUGCCAGUGAUGAUGCACCCAAAGAUGACCAUACCGUCCUGAGAUCUGAAGCCUGUGGAGCAACACUUGAAACGAAUCCGACUCAGGCCACGGGAUGUAGCUCUACGCUAAGCCUUGACCUCUUUCAGAAUGAGACUAAGCGAUCAGAAUUAUCUGAGGAUGAGGAAUCUCCUAAAGACGCUGAAACUCGUGGAAUGGAAGGAAAAACGGUUUCUCCCGUUGAUGACGUGCCAGAGGAGCUUCAGCUAGAGCUUGGCAACAAGAAAAUGAGUGCUACAGCCACUGCAGCUGAAACUAAUCCUGAUCAGGCUACUUCAUCAAAAAGUGAGCUCUUGCCGAACUUGUUUGACAGUAGAGAAGUAGAUGAUAAUGAUUCUUGAGAAAUGGAUUGCAACAGCAAAGACGCUAUUGGUAUGAUUCGGAAACUGGAGAGCUUUUGUUUUCCUUCUUUUGGUUAGAAACUUAGAAUAGUCGGCAAAAUUAUCAGUUUCUCUCUCUCUCUCUUUUUGUGGCAUUAUGUUUUUGCCUUUUGCCAACAAACACACAUUUUGGCUAAAUCGUUAUUUUGCAUUAGGUUUUUCCAUUCACGUUUAUGCAACUUUGGUGAUUCUUUCACAGUCCCAUUUUCAGGAAUAAAAGACGAAAUUAAUACUAA